AUGCCGUCCCCGAAACCUCCAUUCGAGCUCAAAGACCACUGUUCCCUCAUACACCAAAAUGUCCUCUAUGUCUACUCGCCGGCUGGCUUUAUGUCACUUGCCCUGGAACCAAAUGCGAAGUGGAGCAAGCUAGCAAUGGGCAGGUCUGUGACCGGAGCAUCUUGCUUUAAAGGUCCGACUGAUGGAGACCUGAAUAACCCAGCCUUUUACGUUGUCGGCGGUACUGGUGGUCCGGAUGACUAUCUCGGCGUUCAGAGCUACUCGUUUUUAGAUAAGAAAUGGAAAUUCCCGCCCCUAGAUGGGAACAAUAUGAAAAACAGACUCGACCACGAUGCAGUCUUCAUCGAGUCUCAAUCGUCCAUCCUCGUUUUCGCCGGCUCUACGAAUGGGAAUCCUACCCCAUCCACGGAAACGUUCAUGAUCUCUAUGAAUUCCAAUCUAUAUCACAUCGAGUCUCGCGGUGGACCCGUCGCGCCAUCUACGAAACCCGUGCUUCUACCCUGGGGAAAGGACUCUGUACUACUUGUCGCAGGCAGUGGGGAUAACAAAGUCUACGAAUUCAAGGACAAUGCAUGGCAUAUGUUUGACCAUGUUUUGGAGAGUCCAAUUACUGACCCGACUAAUACCCCCAUUAUCGCAAACCCUUACAUAGAUGGAAACAUGGCCCUGCAGGUUUUUGAUUUAGCGGCAUCCCCAGUCACUGUCCGCACGGAUAACUUGGUCCAACCGGGCGCUCCUCACAGGCGGUCCAUCCAUUCCCGGCAUCACGGCCACGUCCAUGCGACUAUACAGAAACGAGACUCAUACCCUGCUUAUAAUUCUACCUUAGCUCCUACCGGAUCCCGUACUGGAGCUUCCGUUGCAGCUGACCCAGGAUAUAAUAAUAGAGUAGUAAUCUCUGGUGGAAACAAUGAAGAACCCAUUGUCAUCUUUAAUCAGGAUGAUAAUGCUUGGUUGGAUAUCAAGGAUUUCUUUUCUGUCUCUACCACCUCUUCAGCCUCUUCCUCAACGAUGACUUCCUCUUCCAUGACCGUCAUUAGCAGCACAUCAACGCCCACGAUUACUUCUGCGCCCACAUUCACGCCAUACCCAACCGAAACAGAAACUUCCUCUACCUCCAGCGACCGAGUUGACGACGUUGUUCCUCCAGAUGGUCGUACCUUAACCAUAAUUGGUGCCACCCUGGGUACUCUCUUAGGUAUCGGGGCUAUAAUCAUAAUCAUCCUACUUGUCCUUGCAUGGAGGCGGCGGACCAGCUUAUACUGCCAACAUGCUAAGGAAAAGCACAUGAAUUCAGAUGAUAAGGAUAGGUUCAGCUUCCAGGACGCUGGUGUGGAACCUCUUACACGAUCAAUACAACCGAUUGCAAGAGGUCCCGUUCCUUCAACGGAUUCCUGGGCAUAUGUCGCCGGUCAAGUCGACGAUUAUUCCCGGGCAUCCUUAAACCCACAACCGCCGGCGCCACCGCCAACCAGGGGUAUGCCUAUAUCCGAGAAAAGUCCAAGCCCACUUCGGGCUAUGGAAACGACUCAAGAAGAACGGCCUGAUAGUGAUGUUUAUCCUCCAGUUUCAACUAAUAAACCUGUUUUUGGGGCAGUUGUUGAUCAUAGGCAAAGUGAGGCUGACGAUAGGCUGACGGAUGAGGGUUGGAGCAAGUACUUCCAGCGUGACAAGGACAAUGGAUCGAUAAAAUCCCGUGCCUCCUCUGUUGACUCCAAAUACUCCAAAUCGGAUUACAAGUCAGACUACCAAUCAGAUUACAGAGGCAGCGGAUGGCCUCACGUAUCAGCUGAGGUACCACCCCUGAGAUUUGGCGGACCACAACCCCUAGGAAUGGUUUCAAGUGGUAGCCCUAGCACUGAAACCCCUCCCAAAUGGCCAUUCACACAGCAUCAAGGUAUGGCUGCCAAGAUAUCCAGUGCCGACUCGAUUAGCAUCAACUCGGACGACUUCUAUGAUGAUCGAAGAGACACAGGGAGGGACAAUUUAAGGGACACAAAGAGUGAUGCCUUUUCGACAGGUGCCCCUGGCAGCACCCAUGACGUGGACCGCUGGGGCAGGGUUUCGAGAGAGCCUCGGGUGCCCAGUAGUAACUACUCGAACAGUGUAUACUACGAUAACCCGGGUCCUCCGCAUGCUGGGGGUCCGGACCGAUAUCUGAAUCCAAUGCAUCCUGAAAGUCGUGCUCCCUCCUCAUAUUACGGGCGUAAUACCCGUUCGGCGAGCAGAGGAAUACUUAGCUCAGAUAUCAGUUGGCUCAACAUUGGAAGCAACAGAUAA